CACAAAGGUAUCACAGAAUUCACGAUUCAGAACUGUGUUUGUGUUCAUCUUCGAAAGAGUGAAACGAAGCUUGAAAAAAUGGGAAGAAAGAAGGGGUAUGUGGAGUUCGAUGACAACCCACCAGACGAUUUCGAUCCGGCGAACCCCUACAAAGAUCCAGUGGCGAUGCUGGAAAUGAGGGAACACAUUGUUCGUGAAAAAUGGAUUCAGAUCGAAAAAGCGAAGAUUAUUCGUGAAAAGCUUCGUUGGUGUUAUAGGAUUGAAGGGAUUAAUCAUCAUCAGAAAUGUCGUCAUCUUGUGAAACAGUAUCUUGAGUCUACAAGAGGGAUUGGUUGGGGGAAAGAUGGUCGUCACCCUUCUCUUCAUGGGUGGUGGUGUCAACACCAGAUCGGAUUCCAAUUGCAAAUUUGGAGCUAUAAGAUUCAAACACGGCGGUGCUCGGAGACAACACGGUGGUUCAGUGGCGGUGGACAAAAAGUUUGGAUGGGGUUUGCUUGGUUCUGUUCAUGUGCAAACAAGAAAGAAUGAAAGUCAUGAAAACUUGUUGUUUCUAAUGACAGCAUGUUGCUAAUUUCUAAAACAAUUGUUGUUUCAGAUAUGGGGGUGCAUCCAGCAAAAACAAAAAAACUAUCAUUUGAGAUUAAAAUAUGUUGCUUUUUUUUUUAAUGGGAUUUAUUUACAAACAAGUUGAAACCGGCACUUGCCCUUCAUUACUUAGUUUGUGCAUGCUACACAAGUUUUACACUUGUGUAGGCUAAAUGCCACCUUAUCAAAUGGGUUUGUGUGAUUUUUGUGAAGUUUUGAUUUUUAUGUAAUAUUGAAGGGUUUGGAUUGGUUUAUUUAA